AUGUUCCAGCUGGCGAUGAGGACAAGGUUCCUGGCGCUGAAGACAAACAAGGUUCCUGACGCUGAGGACGAGGUUCCUGGCGCUGAGGACAAGGUACCUUACGCUGAGUACAAGGUUCAUGCUGGCGCUGAGGAGAAGGGUCCUGGCGCUGAGGACAAGAUUCGUGACGCUGAGGACAAG